CUUCGAUCGUUGGUCGCAGUUGGCCGCGUCGGCUGCGUCGCCAUGAUCCGCUUUUCCUGACAGCCGUGUUGUGUGAUAUCAUGUAUAUGUUUCGUCGUUACGUUUCCAUUUUCCGAUAGCGGUUGUCGGCGGCGGUUAUGAGAAUCGCGGGGCGUGCGAGCAGCGAGCGAGAGGAUCCGCGAUGCGGGAUCGCGCGAACAGUAUCUCGUGAUGAGCGCGGGAGCCUAUUGCGUCUAGCGGCAACUUUACUAGUGUACAUACUUGUAUAUAACGUAGAUAUCCUUAUUUCCACGCAAUGCGUACCUGAUCAAUUAGCACGCUUUUAAAUUGCCCCACGUUCAGCCACGACGCGCGCCACGAUGUCCACUCUGCGGAAAAAAGCGGACCAGAGACGGAUGAGAAAGACGAGGACUGACAAUCUUGUAGGAGAUGUUACCAUUGAUGAUUUCGCCAAUACUUUACAGAUACAUUUAAGGUUGAAAAAAUCAGCUACAAAUGUCUCUAAUGAAGUGGAACAGGAAGCAACAAUACAAGAAGAAUAUCAAUCUGAGUGGGAUAAAAUGAAUGAUGAAACUUUACUAAACAAUAACACGAGAGGAAGAAGACAUAGAAGAAAAUCGAAAAAUCCACAGGAUAAUAAUGAAGAUGAAGGAAUCAACUAUCCCUUAGAUAUAUGGUUUAUUAUUUCGGAAUACAUACAACCUGAGGAGGUAGGAAAAUUUGCAAGGAUUUGUAAAAGUUCUUACUAUGUAACUACCACUGGAAAAUUUUGGUUUCACUUGUACAAAUCGUAUUACAAAUUUGUACCAAAUUUGCCAGAGCGCCUACAACCACAAUGUAUGAGAUUACAUGGAUUAAGAGCUUGUGUUAUCAGGGCAUUACAUUACAGUUAUUUUAGAACGCCCGAAGGGGAAAUACAGAAUACAGCUUAUUUGCGACAGGAGGAUCCACAUUCUCUCGUGAAGAGACGAUGCACUCUGAUGUGGCAUCAUAAGGGAAAAAUACGUUGGUACUUCUAUUUUAAGCUUAAGGAAGUUUCCAAAACAUGUAAUAGGCGGCAAAAUGAACAAUGUGAUUCUAAAAAAUCCGAAUUUCUCCAAACGUUAGAAGACGUGGCUGUUAAUCCCGAGAAUGGUUGCAAAGUCCUUAAGGUAUGUUGUUUAAAAUAUAAUUUGGUACCACCAGUAACGGGAUUAAUCCUGCAAACAGUAUCUGCGAACUUAAUGCCCAGCUUUAGACAACAUAGACUUCAACUUAGAUUCGGAACAUUGGAUAUUGCCAGUACGUUUACAAAUGAAAUAAUACUGAGUGAUGUUAUCGGAUACAGCAUCCUAAAUUGGUGGGAUCCUGCUUAUCCCCAUCAGGAUACAGGUUACACGAUCGAAUUGCCGCAACGUGAAUUAUGGGACAUUUAAAAUUUAUUACAGAUUGUUCUUAUAUUUUGUGUAUUACAUUGAGGAAAUACAGGAGCCUUUAUAAAUUUUAUAAAAUUAAUAUAUCAACAUGUUAACGAGUGCAAAAUUAUUUGAUUUGAUACUUUUUUUCUUUAUCGUUAAUUAUUCACGAUCAAUUUUGUCAUGAUGUUGAUUUAAGAAAAAUAAUGUAAGAAUAAUAGAGAUACAACAUAAAAUUUGUGCAAAGAUAUUUUAUGUACAUUAUUGUAUAGGAAGAGUAUAUACAACGAAAAUUCUUACACAUAACUAAUAAAUAAUAAAUAUUCAACUUUGAAAUAAUUCGAAUUUGAGAAGCUUAUAUUCUGUUUUUAAAACAUAAUUGUCACAAUGACGUACAGUAAUGUAAUUGACAAAAUGACAAGUUUUCAAAUCGUUUCUGAACUGUAUGUUUUAUGAUUACAAUUAAAGAAUGUUUCUGA